UCGAAAUGGGGUGACGUCGCCCCAGAAAAGUAGGCCGAAAAAAUACAUUGGAUGAAAUUUUUACUCCUAUACCUCGUCUGUGAUAAAAUGUAAGAAUUUAUGAAUUUUCCUAACACUGCGUCACAGCGUGAUACAGGUUUGUAUUUAUAUAAUGCAAACAGGGUUUUGAAAAAUGGAACUGCAUGAUGUUAAUAUACUUGCGCAACAAAUAAGAGAUUCAAAUAAGCUUUCCGCAGAAAAUAAACAGAUACUACUGAAUUUACAUGUUCAGUUAAGACACCCUGUAUUGCCACAGCAUGAAAUUGAAUCACGUGCUGGAUCUCGUCCUCCAACACAUGAAGAAAUAGAAAGGUUUAAUCAAUUUGUUCCUAUUAAAAAAGGGUGCUUUAAUCCAUCUGAGGAUAAAAUAAUUAAUAAUAAUUGGAAAACAUUUUGUAAGUUGCAUGGUUGGAAUUUGAAGAUGGUUCAUCCAUUUUUGCUCCUACGAGAAGGGAAUAAGACAUAUAUUCGCAGUAAGAAACAAAGACGAAGAUUUGUACAAUUAUUAGCAGAUGGAUUACCAAAUAGAACUUUAUAUAGUGUCUAUCACAGAUUUAGAAACUUAUUUGCAGACCACUUGCAAAGAAGGUUCCUUCCCGAGGAGGAUGAAAUGAUUAUAGAUCACUUAGAACACAAUGAAAAUCUCGAUGAAAAACGAAAGUACUCAGAUUUAGCAAAAGUUUUAAAACGAACAAGAGCAGCAAUCUGGCGUCGGUAUAAAUUGCUUAAGAAAAAACGUCAAUUUAGAUCUUUACAAGAUUAAAACAAAGAAUUUUUAAGGUCAGUCAAAC